CUUAGUCUGGCUUUUUCAUUAGGUACUACGGUGAAGAAAAUCGUUUCCGUUCGUAUUUUUUAAACCAGAUACUGCCUCUCGAGUUUUUUUAUGAACGCUACGUGUUCUUAUCCGAAUCGAGCAGCGUUACGCUACGGCAAAUAUUAUAUAAAUUGGUUCUCUAUCCGAAUAUCAUGGAGGUGAGCCACUCAGUUCGUGAACGAACCAUAGCAGAAAAUAGCCUCAUCAUUCUGCUGCAAGGAAUUCAUGGGCUUGUCACUACUAUAGAUUUAAAAAAUGAGAGUGUGAUCAAAGGUCGCAUUAUCAAUGUGGAUGCAUUCAUGAACAUUCGGCUAACAGAAGUUGUCUACACAGACCCACGUGGCAAGGAGACGAAACUGGAUGAUUUUUUUGUGACUGGUAGAAAUGUCAGAUAUGUGCAUAUCCCAGACGAAGUAAAUAUCAUGAAAACAAUUGAAACCCAGCUACAAAAGAUUCACAGAGUUCGAAACUUUGGUGGCGAGAGUCGUGGUAGAAAAGAAUACUUGAAUAAAAAAAAGUAACUUCUAUAUAAGGAAGUCAACAUUGCCAUCUGUCUGGAUUUUUCAAGAUUUACUAUUGUUGCUACUGUUAACAGCUGUUGAAACCAUAGGAUUAAUUUCAACUGCUGACAUGAACACCACAAUAACAUUUUAAAAUCUUUAAAUAAUAAAGGUCUUAUUUAGGAAAAAAGCCUUGAUAAACAACCAUAUGUAUUGAUUGUAAUUAAAACUGAAUUUAGAAAAUGCAGUUAACGGAAUGCAUGUUUUACUAAAUCGGUUAAAAAAAAAAAAUUAUAUUUAAUUUUUUUUUUUUAUUAUUUUUAAAAAACAAGUUUUUGUAGUCCAUAAUAAGAGCAGUGUGAACUGAGUUACUGGGUUAGAUAGACUUCUUAUAAAUAUGUUUUUCUUUUCACAUAUGGAAUAUAUCUGCUAAAGCUAAGCAUUAUUAAAGCAUUGUCCUGUAAUGGAUUUGAACAGAGGAUGACGGCAGUGUGUUUAAUCCAAAAAUAGCCGAAGUCUUAUUUGUGUGAUGCUUAAGUAGAAUGGUUCGAUAAUAUUGAUAUUCACAAUUAAACUGUUUAAUUAAGAGUCAAACCAGCUUCUUAUAAGCAAGUGUGGCAUAACAAUAGCUAGAGGACUGCAUUGUCUAUGGAUUUUAAUUACAGUUCUAACCAUAUUGCUCCACUGGGAUGAAUAAAGUUAAAUUGCAUUGUC